GGGUUGUAUUGAUUUUUAUUUUCUUGCCAAACGUCAGUUGACCAUUUCCCAGAAAAACAAAAACAACACAAACUAUACACACGAAAAGAACAUUUUGCGUGUGUGUGAGUGUAGAAUCCUUAGAUUCUUCAUUAGACGUAGUGGUGCAAUUUCCAUGUAACUUCUUAGGAUUAGGAAGCCAUUAGUUGUCUUCCACCCAAAAAAACAAAAACCCGUAGCCAUUAACCCAAGACGAUACAACAUCCCGGCAUCAAAAGCUUGUGAAUGCUCAUUGAAUCCUAUCGAAAUUUCAUUGUUGAGCUAGUGACCACACAGUGCAGUAUGAAGCGUCAGAAUGUUAGGACGCUAUCAUUGGUGGUGUGUACAUUUACCUAUUUGUUGAUCGGAGCAGCUGUCUUCGAUAGCUUGGAAUCGGAUUUCGAAUCGAAACGUUGGGAUUUCCUGCAGGCGGUGAAAAAUAAUUUCAUGAAAAAAUACAAUGUCACAGCGGAGGAUUUUCGAAUGAUGGAAAUUGUGAUAAUUGAGAAUAAGCCCCACAAGGCCGGGCCACAGUGGAAAUUUGCGGGGGCGUUUUAUUUUGCCACUGUUGUGCUGGCCAUGAUUGGCUAUGGGCACUCAACACCGGUGACCAUUGGGGGUAAGGCUUUCUGCAUGGCCUAUGCAAUGGUUGGUAUACCCCUGGGCCUGGUUAUGUUUCAGUCGAUUGGUGAACGUUUGAAUAAAUUCGCCUCGGUCAUCAUACGAAGGGCUAAGCGUUACAUGCACUGCAGCCAUACCGAGGCCACCGAAAUGAAUCUGAUGUUGGCCACCGGAAUGUUGUCAUCGAUCAUAAUAACCACAGGAGCAGCCGUCUUUUCCCGCUAUGAGGGCUGGAGCUAUUUCGAUAGUUUCUAUUAUUGUUUUGUGACCUUGACUACCAUUGGUUUUGGCGACUAUGUGGCUCUGCAAAAUGAUCAGGCUUUGAUGAAUAAGCCUGGAUAUGUGGCUCUAAGUUUGGUCUUUAUCCUCUUUGGCUUGGCAGUGGUGGCGGCCAGUAUCAAUUUGCUGGUGCUACGCUUUAUGACCAUGCAAGCCGAAGACGCCAAACGUGACGAACAAGAUGCCCAAAAUCUGGCGGCCGCCAAUCAACCGGUCACCUUCGACACCGAGCACAGCUACAACAUACACGGCAAACUUCUGAAUAGUUCCAACUACAUGACCGAAUACGAUGAAACUGCAUCGAUUUGUUCGUGUACCUGUCUGGGCGGUACCCGCUGCAUGAAUCACGAAACCUUUGCCGAUCCCGAUUUCAGGCCAACCGAUAUUAUUGCCAGUACGAUUAGCUUGAAACGGGCCUCGGUCUGAUAUCAAUCGAUGCCCCAGUUGGCUGAAUGUGAUUGUUAUGGCCGUAUGGUGUCCGGAACGUCUCAUUGUUAUUUGAAUUGUUGUGCCAAAAAUGAAACCUCCAAAUCGCAAGAAUGCAUUGGUUAUCGUAUAUUGAAAUAUUCAUCAGAUAGUCCCAGCUUUAUGUGUAGUAAUUCUUCCUAAGUGGCCAAAAGUGGAGGCAAAAUGAAGAAAAUCAAAUUAUUGCAAUUAGUUAUUCCAAAUGAAGAAAUUAGAAAAACAAAAAAAAACAGAACAUCCUUUUAUCUUGUAUUCUUCCAAAUAUAUAAUAAACGACGAAACACAAAAAAAU